CGGCCCAAAACGAUCCAUGUCUCGAUAAAAGUGAAAAAAUUGCCGCCAUUAAUAAGUCUUCCUUGAAUUCAUUCCCGCCAACAUUUUUUUAAUCUCAUUAUGAACACGUUCUCUCAAUCGCGCUUCGAUUAAGAAGGCUGAAUUGCCAUGACAUCUUCUAGAAAGCGAAGGGGGAAGGUAGGUGAGACUCUGGGAAGGCAGAACACAGGUACAGUUGCCACUGGAGUCAUUAAAUCUGCAAAGAGAUCUAAUGUGCAGCACCAUAAAACAACCGGGAAACGUGAUAAUUUUUCAAUUGAAAAUGAUGAGAAUUGUUCACCUACUAGAUCAGCUGUAGCUGUGAGUCUGCAACAUUCAGGAAAAGGUGAAUGCCUCUUGGAAACAACUAAAAAAUUACCUGGACUUAACUUCUAUCCAGAACAAAUACUUCAUCCAUCUGCAAAGAUUAAGUUGCAGCUUUUCCCCCUAGAUGAAGGCACUUGCAUGGGAUUGGAAAAGGAUGGAUUUCAUCCAUACUUGGAGCUCACUCUAAACAAGCGGAAAAAGAUAUCUUCUGUGCUUAAGCAUCUUAAUAGCAAAUGGGGUGGCUCAAAAGUUGCUCUUGGGGAACCCAUACUUUUCCCAUACAAUGUGGUGGAAAAUUUUGCUAGUUACAGAUGGACAAUGAAUGACAUUGACAUUAGUGCAGGAGAUGUCUAUACAGCAAUUGGAUCUCCUGCCAUCUUCCGGUUAAGGUAUGCCUGGUCUACCUGGUCUACCAAUACUGAAGCUUCAACCUCUGAAAUGCCUUCUACAUCAAUUUCAAUACAGGGAUCAUUAAAAUCUGAAGUACAGAAAGGUUGCAGCACUAAUGUGGCAAAUCACUAUGGCAAAGUGAAAAAAAUAGAAGAAACUAGUGCAGAAUAUGAACAUGUUACUGGAAAUGGAGCAACAACUGCAGUGCUGGCUGAGAACAUGUCUUUUAAUAGACCAAUUGAUCCCAAGGAUAGUGAAGUGAGGAUCAAUAGCAACGUUGGGCAAUCAUCGUUGUUGUGGGCUGAUAGCCUAACCAACAUUAGCAUUGGAGGCUUGCUUUCUGAAGCAUCCUUACAGGGCAGGUUCAAUGCUGGUGACGCAAAAUCAAAUGAGGCCAAUGCGGGCUUGCAGCCAUCUCAACUAAUUUGUGAUUCAUUUGAUGCCUUUCUUGCUGGCCAAAUGAAUCAGUCUCAAGGUCCAAGGCCUCUUACUCCAACUCUGCCUCUGCCUCCGCCUCCUCAAUACUCACAUUCGUCUAUUUUGGAUGCUGAAGACACAUGUCAUGCAUUUGCGUUUCAAAAAUUCUCUUCCUUAGAGAAAGAAUCCAAGUCAAGCAGUCUAGGUGCUGGUCCCAAGUCAUUCAAGCUCCCACAUGUGACUGAGGCCAAUUCCCAACCGGCACUUUCACAGAGCCAUGCUUGUCCAGAAUCUGAGACAGACUUGCAGCUUCGGGUACACAAUGAUGAAAGCAGCCUUGGUCUGUCAGGCAUCAAAUGGACCGACUCUUUGGGGCCAUUUGAUCUUGGCUUAUCAUCCUUCCGGAAGAUUAUUAGUGGAGACAAUAUUAGCAUGAGCAGCAUUGUUAAGUAGCAGUUUCAUUGCCGGUGGGAGCUACUUCCUGAGAUCGAAAGGCUCCUUCUUUAGACACAAACAUAUAAAAGACCUGAUAAUUCAUUAUAAAUGAUUGGAUAUACUGUAUACAUUAUUUCCUCUCUUUCUAGUUUUCCUUCUCGAAAUUUUCUGCAUUAACAUCUUACAAAACAGAAUCAGUUACGAUGAUUCUAAUAAGUUAGAGUUUGAAGGGGUGGAUGAGGGAUGGAGCUGGCUUGGGCUCUUCCCCAUGAUAUACCAGAGAAAAAUGGCAGACCUUUUGGGUUGUGAAGUGAAUUUUAGG